UCUGCCUGCCACCCCCUCCUUCUCCUUCCUCCUUCCCCGCUCUCCAUCCCUGCCUCUCUCCACAUCUCCCUCUCGCCCCUGCUCUCCUCUCUGCUCCUGCUUCUCUUCUCCCUGCCACGCAUUUCUUAUCACUCCCCCUCAUUCUGGCUUUCCACCCACUCAUUGUCUUCUCUCUCUCUCUCUCUCUCUCUCCACCUCCGACCGAUCUCCCCUUUCCCCUCUAUUUCUAUUGGCUUCCGAUAGUCCCUGCUCCCCUUUUCUUUUCCUUGGGAGGUUCUCUGUCCAUGCGCACUUUGAGCUCUUGCCCACAGACCCCCCUCUGUGCCUCUAACCGCCCCCCCCAGGAUGUGUCCUGGAGAUGGGGGGGUGACGCACCAGGCACCCGUGGGAAGUCAGGGCCGGAGACCAGAUGGGAGAGGCUCUGUGGGCAGCCGUGGCCGCCGCAGGCCUAGGAAGGGGCUCAGGCCGUAAGCUGUCUACAAAUGGGCAGUGUGUGGGGACCCCAGCUAAGGGUGCUCUGGGCACUUGGGGCCUGGGCAGGGAGAGGGGGCAGCAGAAUGGUAACCAGCCUGGCGGCAAGCAGGGGAGCCCUCACCCCAUGGGCAGCUAGGGGACCUUGUGCAAGUUACUGAACUUCGCUGAGCCUCAGCUUCCUCUUCUGUAAAAAUCCUCCCUCCUGGGCUUUGUGAGGAUUUCAUGAUGUGGGUCGAAGUCUUGUGCCCAGGAGCAGUGGCCACCUCGCUCGGAGCUAUACUUGCUGAACUGCUUGGUCUGUCCUCAUUUCCCAGUGCCAGGCGCUGUGCCAGGUGCUGGGGCUAAAGAAGCCAAUAGCUGACUGCUGACCACCCUCCCCACGGCCAUGGAUGCCCCUGGCUAUCCUGCAUCGGCGCCCACAACCUUGGAACCUGGAAACACUUCCUCGGCCUGGCUCCUGGAUGCCACCCUGGGAAAUGUGUCGGCAGCCCCCAGUGUGGCAGGGCUGGCCGUCAGCGGUGUUCUGAUCCCACUGGUCUACCUGGUGGUGUGCGUGGUGGGCCUGCUGGGCAACUCCCUGGUCAUCUACGUGGUCCUGAGGCAUACGGCCAGCCUGUCGGUCACCAAUGUCUACAUCCUCAACCUGGCCCUGGCCGAUGAGCUCUUCAUGCUGGGGCUGCCCUUCCUGGCUGCCCAGAACGCCCUGUCCUACUGGCCGUUUGGCUCUCUCAUGUGCCGCCUGGUCAUGGCCGUGGACGGCAUCAACCAGUUCACCAGCAUCUUCUGCCUCACCGUCAUGAGUGUGGAUCGCUACCUGGCCGUGGUGCAUCCCACCCGCUCUGCCCGCUGGCGAACGGCGCCCGUGGCCCGCAUGGUGAGCGUGGCCGUCUGGGUGGCCUCGGCGGUGGUGGUGCUGCCCGUGGUGGUCUUCUCAGGGGUGCCCCACGGCAUGAGCACCUGCCACAUGCAGUGGCCUGAGCCGGCGGCCGCCUGGCGCGCCGGCUUCAUCAUCUACACGGCUGCACUGGGCUUCUUCGGGCCGCUGCUGAUCAUCUGCCUCUGCUACCUGCUCAUCGUGGUCAAGGUGCGCUCGGCCGGGCGGCGGGUGCGGGCGCCCUCGUGCCAGCGGCGGCGGCACUCGGAGCGCAGGGUCACGCGCAUGGUGGUGGCCGUGGUGGCGCUCUUCGUCCUCUGCUGGAUGCCCUUCUACGUGCUCAACAUCGUCAACGUGGUGUGCCCGCUGCCCGAGGAGCCCGCCUUCUUCGGCCUCUACUUCCUGGUGGUGGCGCUGCCCUAUGCCAACAGCUGUGCCAACCCCGUCCUCUAUGGCUUCCUCUCCUACCGCUUCCAGCAGGGGUUCCGCAGGGUCCUGCUGCGACCCUCCCGCCGCGUGCGCAGCCAGGAGCCUUCUGCCGGACCCCCGGGGAGGACAGUGGAGGAGGAGGAGGAGGAGGAGGAGGAGGAGGAGGAGGAGGAGGAGGAGGAGCAGCAGCAGCGGGAGGAGGGGGCAGGGAAGCAGGGGGAGGGGCAGGAGAGGAAUGGCCGGGUCAGCCUCAUCACGCAGCCUGGCACCAGCAGGCGGGAGCGGCCGCCCAGCGGCAAGGCCAGCAAGGACAAGCAGUUCCUCCCGCAAGAGGCCUCGGCUGGGGACAAGCCAGGCACACUGCACGUCAGCUAUCUGUAGGGGCCUGCGGAGGGCCCGCGGGGCCCACGGAUAGGACAGAGGCUGUGCGCGCCUAGGGCAUGGCUGUCCAUGGUGCCAGAGGCCCCCUGCUUGGAGGCCUGGGCUCCGAUCCCAGAGCUGCUGAGACUCGCGGGGUGACCUUGCCUAGGUCUCUUUCCUUCUCUGGGCCUUGUGUUCUCUUCUGUGACUCAGGGAUGGGAAUAAUCAGCCAGGACAAGCUCUGCUGGAUGAGAAGUCCGGAGGGGCAUCGCCUCUGGCUGGCCUUCCUGAGUGGGGCCCAGUUCAGGGGGCAGGUGCGGACUGGCCUUCCCCCUCAAAGAAAGAGCAUCCUGGUGGACCAGCCUGAAUCUUGGCCCUCGUAGCGACUGACCAAGGUCUGGAUUUCCCGGGCUCAGAGUCAGGUUCGCAGGGGAGGGACUGGUGUAGAAGUAGAAGAAAGUCUUACCCAGUGCAGGGAGGGGUAGGAACUGCUCAGGCCCCACCUCAGCUCUCCCCCACUUGCUGCAAGGCCUCAGCCGUCUCUUCCCCCUCUCUGGGCCUCAGGCAUCACCUGCUGAACAACCCAAUAACCUCCAGGCCCUCUUGGCCCAGAUGGUCAGUGCUGGGACUCCUGUGUUCCUGGCCCUGAGAGGCCGUGGAUUUUCCAGGAACGUCUCCCAGGCCAGCUUCAGGGUCCCGUCCCGCUUGGGCCCACCUAAGGCCCUGUAUCUCAUUUUGUACUUGGAAUUUUAUAUUCAUUUUCAUAAAGAGGGUCUCCAAACUGCAUACAUUUAGGCCACUCAAAGCCCCACUCAGCGCUUUUGAGGGCAGCUGACCAAUCCCCGAAGCAGCUCACGUUGUGUCCUGUGGCUGCAGAGGGGCUUGUCUCUCCGUGUCUGAGGGCUCAGUCACCAGUGUCUACAUCCUCAACCCGGCCCUGGCCGCCGAGCUCUUCGUGCUGGGGCUGCCCUUCCUGGCUGCCCAGAGCGCCCGGUCCUACUGGCCCUUCGGCUAUGGGAUCGCCCGCAUACAGCACCAUCGGCCUUCCUCCCCUCCCAGAGGCCCAGGCAGGGCCCAAGCCAGGCGGACUGGUGGGGAAAGGCAGUGUCUAACUAGCAUGGUGAGGGGAAGGAGGAAGAGGAGGAGGGGAAGGAUGAAGAGGGAGGGGAAAGGAAGAGAGGAAGGGGGAGAAAGAGGGUGGAGGACAGAUCCGCUCCAUGACCGCGCAGCCAUCCUCGGUCCCUCUGGGCUGAGCUCGGUGGUAGCGCUGCUGAAAGCCCGUCGUGGAUGCCUGGUCUGAUCAAUCUCAAGGGAAGGAUGCAGUCAGGAUGGGAUGGCGAACGCUCUGGAAGGUACAGCGCGGGCUCCCUUGAGGGCCUGUCUGCGCUGGUAAGAGGGGCUGCGCCUUGACGGUGGCCUAGGGACAGAGCUGAGACUCAGGGCCCCGCGGGUUGGGGAUCAGGCCUCCCCAAUCUCUAUAUUCUCCGGGGCCACAGUGUGGGGCGGCCCAGGGAAGACAAGGCAAGGGGGGGCUGGCGAGGACAGGAGGGGCCGCCAUGCAAGGACUCUCUCCCAGAGAUAAGCCCUCAGAGCCAUGGUGAGAUUGGCUCUGGGGUGAGUGGCACCUCAAGCUAACUCCCUCCAUCCCCCACCCUGGCAGAGGGCAGGGGGGGGGUCCUCAAGGAAAGCACGCGAACUGCAAGUUGGAAGACCUAGAUCUUCAACCCACCUCAGGAUCCUGGCUAGCCUUGACCUCUCUGGGGCUCAGUUUCCCCAUCAUAAGACGGAGGCUGUCCCAGUAUGUCUACCUGCUCGGAUUUG